UUUACACAGAACUCUGAUGAUCCUGCAGAGCUGAGGACCUUAAUGAAACCACUAACAUGGAGAUGGAGGAAGUCUAUGAAAACGCUGAAGCUGUCAAAGCCUCCAGCUCAAGAUCUUCAGAAAAUCUCAUAGCUCCUCAGGUCUCAAACAGAUGGUUACAUGGAGCUGUUGUCUUUCUGGGGUUCUUCUGUGGUUUCCUGUUGGUUGGACUCAUUGUCCUUGGGGUCCAUUUUACCAGACAGUCCUCUAAAUUGACUGAGGAGAGAGACCAGCUUAACGAAACACUCAUCGAAACGACUGGCGGACUUCACGAGCUUUCUAUAGGAGGUUCAACAGUGAGGCUGGUCAACUCCACCACCAACUGCUCCGGCAGAGUGGAGGUUUUCCACAGUGGACAGUGGGGAACGGUGUGUGACGAUGAGUGGGACCUGUCUGAUGCUGAGGUGGUGUGUCGACAGCUGGGCUGUGGUUUGGCCCUGUCGGCUCCAAGACGUGCACAAUUUGGACGAGGUUCAGGUGUGAUUUGGUUAGAUAACGUCAUGUGCACAGGUACAGAGUCAAACCUCACUGAGUGUCGACACCAAGGGUUUGGAAAUCACGACUGUGGACAUCAAGAGGAUGCAGGUGUCGUCUGUGAAGGUCGUUCAACGGUGAGGCUGGUCAACUCCACCACCCGCUGCUCCGGCAGAGUGGAGGUUUUCCACAGCGGACAGUGGGGGACGGUGUGUGACAAUGACUGGGACCUGUCUGAUGCUGAGGUGGUGUGUCGACAACUGGACUGUCGUGAGGCGCUGUCGGCUCCAGGAGAUGCACAUUUUGGACAGGGUUCAGGUGUGAUUUGGUUAGAUAACGUCAUGUGCACAGGUACAGAGUCAAACCUCACUGAGUGUCGCUACCGAGGGUUUGGAAUUCACAACUGUGGACAUCAGGACGAUGCAGGUGUCGUGUGUGAAGGAGGUUCAACAGUGAGGCUGGUAGGCUCCACCACCCGCUGCUCCGGCAGAGUGGAGGUUUUCCACAGUGAGCGGUGGGGAACGGUGUGUGACGAUGAGUGGCACCUGUCUGAUGCUGAGGUGGUGUGUCGACAGCUGGGCUGUGGUUUGGCCCUGUCGGCUCCAAGACGUGCACAAUUUGGACGAGGUUCAGGUGUGAUUUGGUUAGAUAACGUCAUGUGCACAGGUACAGAGUCAAACCUCACUGAGUGUCGACACCAAGGGUUUGGAAAUCACGACUGUGGACAUCAAGAGGAUGCAGGUGUCGUCUGUGAAGGUCGUUCAACGGUGAGGCUGGUCAACUCCACCACCCGCUGCUCCGGCAGAGUGGAGGUUUUCCACAGUGGACAGUGGGGGACGGUGUGUGACAAUGACUGGGACCUGUCUGAUGCUGAGGUGGUGUGUCGACAACUGGACUGUCGUGAGGCGCUGUCGGCUCCAGGAGAUGCACAUUUUGGACAGGGUUCAGGUGUGAUUUGGUUAGAUAACGUCAUGUGCACAGGUACAGAGUCAAACCUCACUGAGUGUCGCUACCGAGGGUUUGGAAUUCACAACUGUGGACAUCAGGACGAUGCAGGUGUCGUGUGUGAAGGAGGUUCAACAGUGAGGCUGGUAGGCUCCACCACCCGCUGCUCCGGCAGAGUGGAGGUUUUCCACAGUGGACAGUGGGGAACGGUGUGUGACGAUGAGUGGCACCUGUCUGAUGCUGAGGUGGUAUGUCGACAGCUGGGCUGUGGCAGGGCCCUGUCAGCUCCAAGACAUGCACAUUUUGGACAGGGUUCAGGUGUGAUUUGGUUAGAUAACGUCAUGUGCACAGGUACAGAGUCAAACCUCAUGGAGUGUCAACACCAAGGGUUUGGAAUUCACGACUGUGAUCAUCAAGAGGAUGCAGGUGUCGUCUGUGAAGGAGGUUCAACAGUGAGGCUGGUCAACUCCACCACCAACUGCUCCGGCAGAGUGGAGGUUUUCCACAGUGGACAGUGGGGAACGGUGUGUGAUGAUGACUGGGACCUGUCUGAUGCUGAGGUGGUGUGUCGACAGCUGGGCUGUGGUUUGGCCCUGUCGGCUCCAAGACGUGCACAAUUUGGACGAGGUUCAGGUGUGAUUUGGUUAGAUAACGUCAUGUGCACAGGUACAGAGUCAAACCUCAUGGAGUGUCAACACCAAGGGUUUGGAAAUCACGACUGUGGACAUCAAGAGGAUGCAGGUGUCGUCUGUGAAGGUCGUUCAACGGUGAGGCUGGUAGGCUCCACCACCCGCUGCUCCGGCAGAGUGGAGGUUUUCCACAGUGGACAGUGGGGGACGGUGUGUGACAAUGACUGGGACCUGUCUGAUGCUGAGGUGGUGUGUCGACAACUGGACUGUCGUGAGGCGCUGUCGGCUCCAGGAGAUGCACAUUUUGGACAGGGUUCAGGUGUGAUUUGGUUAGAUAAUGUCCUGUGCACAGGUACAGAGUCAAACCUCACUGAGUGUCGCUACCGAGGGUUUGGAAUUCACAACUGUGGACAUCAGGACGAUGCAGGUGUCGUGUGUGAAGGAGGUUCAACAGUGAGGCUGGUAGGCUCCACCACCCGCUGCUCCGGCAGAGUGGAGGUUUUCCACAGUGAGCGGUGGGGAACGGUGUGUGACGAUGAGUGGCACCUGUCUGAUGCUGAGGUGGUGUGUCGACAGCUGGGCUGUGGCAGGGCCCUGUCGGCUCCAAGACAUGCACAUUUUGGACGAGGUUCAGGUGUGAUUUGGUUAGAUAACGUCAUGUGCACAGGUACAGAGUCAAACCUCACUGAGUGUCGACACCAAGGGUUUGGAAUUCACAACUGUGGACAUCAAGAGGAUGCAGGUGUCGUCUGUGAAGGUCGUUCAACGGUGAGGCUGGUAGGCUCCACCACCCGCUGCUCCGGCAGAGUGGAGGUUUUCCACAGUGGACAGUGGGGGACGGUGUGUGACAAUGACUGGGACCUGUCUGAUGCUGAGGUGGUGUGUCGACAACUGGACUGUCGUGAGGCGCUGUCGGCUCCAGGAGAUGCACAUUUUGGACAGGGUUCAGGUGUGAUUUGGUUAGAUAACGUCAUGUGCACAGGUACAGAGUCAAACCUCACUGAGUGUCGCUACCGAGGGUUUGGAAUUCACAACUGUGGACAUCAGGACGAUGCAGGUGUCGUGUGUGAAGGAGGUUCAACAGUGAGGCUGGUAGGCUCCACCACCCGCUGCUCCGGCAGAGUGGAGGUUUUCCACAGUGGACAGUGGGGAACGGUGUGUGACGAUGAGUGGCACCUGUCUGAUGCUGAGGUGGUAUGUCGACAGCUGGGCUGUGGCAGGGCCCUGUCGGCUCCAAGACAUGCACAUUUUGGACAGGGUUCAGGUGUGAUUUGGUUAGAUAACGUCAUGUGCACAGGUACAGAGUCAAACCUCAUGGAGUGUCGACACCAAGGGUUUGGAAUUGACAACUGUUAUGAAGAGGAUGCAGGUGUCGUCUGUGAAGAAAGCCCAUGUGCAGCCGGAUGGCAGCUGUUCAACAGCAGCUGUUACUUCUUUUCACGUGUGACUGGAUCCUGGGAAACCGGCAGAAGAGACUGCAGAAUCAACGGAACAGAUCUGGUGAUCGUAAACAGCACAGAAGAACAGAACUUCAUCUCACGGUUCAACAAGAACUCUUGGAUUGGUCUGAGUGACCUUGAAGAGGAAGGAACCUGGAAAUGGGUGGAUGGAUCUCCAUUAACUCAGCAGUACUGGAGUCAAGGGGAGCCGAACCAUGUCCAUGAUGAGGACUGUGUGCACAUGCAUUCCUCAACAGGCCUGUGGGCUGAUGUGAGCUGUGAUAACAGCCUGUACUGGAUCUGUGAGAAAAUGGGAAUGGAUUAGAGAUAUCGAUAACAGAACCAGAAUCGCUUCAUUCUUAUCAAAUCCCAUCCAUACAAAUAACUUCAGUGAAAUCAUUUUCUCACAUGUAGUAAUAUUAAAAAAAAAGAAUCAGUUAUUGUCCGAGCUAGGGUUGGGUGAAAAACGUUAUCAAUCCAAUAUCCAUAAUGAUCCCUAUAAAUGUCACAUCGCUGUGUCUUAAUGGCAAAGUUUUGGUCCUGAGUGACAAUUUAUGGAAACACAUUAUUAUUUGUAGUUUUACAUUAUUUGUCAAAAAAACACCAACACCACAC